GGGUGUGGGACCGCCGGCUCGGGCGCGGAGAGGUGGCCAGGGAAUGGCCGGGCCGGAGGUGGGCGGGAGCCGCAGUGGCGGCGGCGGCUGGGGGCGGUGAGAGCGGCGUGGGGCUGCCCCUCCCCGGAGGCGGCGGGGGCGGCCGGGGCCGCGCCGCACCGCACCGCGCGGGCGGCCAUGGAGCGAGCCUAGGGCCCGACAGGAAUUGUGGGGGCACUCCAGUGAAGAAAUGGACGAGUGUGUGUAAUCAUGGAAUCUCCUUGCUGACCAUCACCACCUGCUCUCUUUAAUAAGUGAGAGAGUGGGUUAGGGGAGGAAGAAAAGAGGUCACCAUGAAGCUUAAGCAGCGAGUUGUGCUGUUAGCAAUACUCCUUGUCAUCUUUAUCUUCACCAAAGUUUUCCUGAUUGACAACUUAGAUACAUCAGCUGCCAACCGGGAGGACCAGAGGGCUUUUCACCGAAUGAUGACUGGCUUGCGGGUGGAGUUGGCACCCAAGCUGGACCACACCUUGCAAUCACCAUGGGAGAUUGCAGCCCAGUGGGUAGUACCCCGAGAAGUGUACCCUGAAGAGACACCAGAGCUGGGGGCAAUUAUGCAUGCCAUGGCCACCAAGAAAAUCAUUAAAGCCGAUGUAGGUUAUAAAGGGACUCAGCUGAAAGCCUUACUGAUACUUGAAGGAGGACAGAAAGUUGUCUUCAAACCUAAGCGGUAUAGCCGAGACUAUGUGGUGGAAGGGGAGCCAUAUGCUGGUUAUGAUAGACACAACGCAGAGGUAGCAGCCUUUCAUUUGGACAGGAUUCUGGGUUUCCGCCGAGCCCCCUUGGUGGUUGGCAGGUUUGUUAAUCUACGGACAGAGAUCAAGCCUGUUGCUACGGAGCAGCUGUUGAGCACCUUCCUAGCUGUAGGAAACAAUACUUGUUUCUAUGGGAAGUGCUAUUACUGCCGAGAAACAGAGCCAGCUUGUGCAGAUGGAGACACAAUGGAGGGAUCUGUCACGCUUUGGCUUCCAGAUGUGUGGCCUCUGCAGAAACACCGACACCCCUGGGGCAGGACUUACCGAGAAGGCAAAUUGGCCAGGUGGGAGUAUGAUGAGAGCUACUGUGAUGCUGUGAAGAAAACAUCCCCAUAUGACUCAGGCCCACGCCUCUUGGACAUCAUUGACACCUCUGUCUUUGAUUACCUGAUUGGCAAUGCUGACCGCCAUCACUAUGAGAGCUUUCAGGAUGAUGAAGGCGCUAGUAUGCUCAUCCUUCUUGAUAAUGCCAAAAGCUUUGGGAACCCCUCGCUGGAUGAGAGAAGCAUCCUUGCCCCUCUCUAUCAGUGCUGCAUCAUUAGGGUUUCCACCUGGAACAGACUGAACUACCUAAAGAAUGGAGUGCUAAAGUCUGCCUUAAAAUCUGCCAUGGCCCAUGAUCCCAUCUCCCCUGUGCUCUCUGAUCCUCACCUGGACGCUGUGGACCAGCGGCUCCUGAAUGUCCUGGCCACCGUGAAGCAGUGCACUGACCAGUUUGGGAUGGACACUGUGCUGGUAGAAGACAGGAUGCCUCUGUCCCACUUGUAACUGUCAACAGAAAAUAAGUGAAACUUAUUUUUACAAAGAUAGAGAAACAGCACAAUCAAUUCCAAAUGGUAUGAGAUGGCUUUGGAAGUGCCAGCAGCAAGUUCUGGUGGUGGAGGACAGGGUGGCCUUGGGUGUCUUUGUUUUUUUCUGUAGUGGAAGCAAAAGCAAAGACCACAAGUGUCAGAGCUUGGGAUGUUCCUGCAGAAACACCUUCCAGCGUCCUCGGCAGUUGCCCAUUUCUAGCAGUGGUCAUCAGCAUUGGUCAGUCUGUGUUCCCAUACCAAAGGACAAACAGGUGUGACAUUUGGAUAAGUGAAUGCUGGGAUUGCUUCCAGAGUGUGUGUUUUGAGGAGAACCUUGUAGUCCUUUCUCCACACCUGUGAAUUUUGUGGAAAUACUUUAAGAUCUCUUGUGUCUUUUUUACCAAGACUAGUCUAAUUUGAAAGCUUACUGCCUCCUACGGAGUGGCGGCAAAUAAAACUUUGUCUAUUGAGCCAAAAUAGCAUUCUCUGUUGGAGGGGAUAUGUUUUUAAGAUAAGAUUGAAGGGAAGGGCAAAAUUGGAAAGAAGUUCAGGUUUUUGAGCAAUUGGGUAGUAUGGUUUUGAUGAUCUUAAUGGAGGGAAGUAGAGAGACACCUGGUAGAACCAGAAUCUGGAAGAUGACAGGUUUCCCUGUAUUUAAGUUCUUAGGUGUGUAAAAGCAAAUAUGACUUUUACCUAGGUAAAAUCUGCAUUCCCACAAUUGUGUCCAAAUUAACCAAAAAAAAAAAAAAAAAGGUCUCUAGAGAAAAUUAUUUUACAACUCAAACAUGACUCUUUAUGGAGAAUUUUAUUUUCCUCUUUUGCCUAAAGCAGCUGGCAGAUCCUUUCCAAAUUAACAAAGCUAACUGAAAUAAUACCUUGAAUAAGUUAGGCUGCCUGUGAUCUCUGUCAUCUUCACUUCUUUCUUGAAAUGAAUUUCCACCAUUGCCUUUAAGACAUUUGGUCAUUGAAAUUGAUGUUUUCGUGAGAAAAGGCAGCUCUUCUGCAGAGGACAGUGUACACCCUGGUGGUGGCUGGACAGAGCUGUGACUUGGGCCACACAAAAGACUGGAAUCAAAAAACUGUAAGCCUUCUGAGCCUUGAAAUUAAGGAGGUUGACAGAAGGAGCCUGAAGAUUUUGGUUUAUAUCAAAUCCUGAUUUCAUUGCUUAGUCUCAUUUGGAUUUUUUAACCCAUGGUAUAUAAUCUCCUCUUGGCACUCUCAAUUCAGACUGUUGAAAUGCAGAUUCUGGAGUGUCCACAACUAUAGAAAAUUAAUCGAGCAGAGCUGGGCAGGCCUGGGACACUCACGCUUCUGUGCAUUCAGAGACCAGUGCCCUGCUGCAUCUUGACCAGAUGCUGUUGAAGUUUUGUACCGCUGCCAAGCAUACACUAAUAUUUAAACAGAGUGGUCGAACACAUUUCAUGACAGCCAUUGGAGACCAAUUUUGGGUGACCAAAAACAGCUUUCAAAUUUAUGCCCAUUUUCUCACACUGAAAGAUAACUGGGUACUUGUAAGUACUUUAAAAUGACAUGGAAUUAGGAAACUUUUAUACUUUUUAUAUACAUCUUGAGGUGGUUAUAAGAAUAGACCAAGUUUUUAAAAGGGUAUUGAUUUAAGAGGACAGAUGUUAGCAAACAACGCUGAAAUAGUGUUGACAAAGAAGUAUUAAUCCCAGUUGUAAGACCACUUGCUGUGUGAGCCCAGGAACUUCACAGUCCACCUUGGUUGAUGCUUAACCUCAAACUUCUAAGAGCCAAUAGAACGGACACCAGUAUGCUCUGCUGUACUCUGCUCAGGAGUGUUCAUGGAACUAAAUUAUGGAUUAGUGUUCUUUUCAAAUAUAUGCUGCCUUUGGUGUACAACAAUGAGAUGAAUAAGAAUUGUUCUCAGAACAGGAAAUUUAUUCAUAACAUCAAAGGCAGAAGAUUCUGCUAAGGGCAAAAACAGGAGGGAAAGCUUUUUUGGCAAAUGUUCUCUGACACAUGCCUGUAUUCCUAGCUACUCACAAGACUGAGGCAGGAGGAUCAUAAGUUCAAGGCCAGCCUCAGCAACUUAGGGAGACCCUGUAUCAAAAUAAAAACAGCAGAGAAUGUAGUUGAGUGGAAGGGUGCCACUGUACCCAGUACUGUGCAAAAAAAAA